AUGGACGCGGACCCCCACAUAACCCCAUAUGUACCCGGCGCCAUGGCCGUAGAUGUCCCUGCCUACAUAGCCACUCUCGGCCCAAACUACCAAGACGCCCUCCUCACCGGCGGCGAACCCUUAUUGCAGCCCGAACGCCAAAUAUCUUCCUACCGUCUCCCCGGCCCCGCCACCGAAGGCGACGGCCGAUACGGCCACGGCUGCUUCGUGUACAAAGGGCGCGGGACAGACCCGCAAAAGAUCCACUUCCGCGCCAACGAAGUCGGCGCCAUGCGUCAAGCCGCGCAGUGGGCCGCCCGGGGCCUGCACGCGCACACCCACAUCCCAGCGGUCUACGACAGCUUCACCGACUUCCCGCAGGACGGGGCGGCCCCCACACAGCCGGUCUAUGCGGCCAUCGAAUUUAUCGAGGGAGACCAAUACCGGACCCGCUACGCCCAAAGAGGCUGUACGGGGUGGACCGUCAGGCAGAAGCGGAGCUUUGUGCGCCAGAUGGCCCUGAUUCGGCUGUCAAUGAUACACAUGCGUGGAAACCGGAUUUGCGGGGUAAACCCAGACCUGACGCCGGGUUUUAUGGCACACCACACCGUUGCCAAUCGAGCGGUCCGCGGUGGUGGGAGGUUGCCCGGCGGCGUCAUGCACCCGCUUUACUACAACAACCUCGGGCCCGUGCGUAGUGAGCGGGCAUGGACGGAGCAGGGUAUACGGCGAGAGAUGGAUUACUGGACCACCGAGAUGCACGCCAUAAGGUUAAAAGUCCUGAAGGGCAGGCUCAGGUCUGUCUUCGACUGGACGCCAGCAAGCUUCCUCACACAUGUCCAGUAUCAUGCCAGCCAAGUCACAGGGCGCAAGUUCCGCGAGCCCGGGGAGGAGCUGGACGCGCCCACCACCGACUUCCCCUUCUGUUUUGACCACGGUGAUCUGCAUAGUGGAUUCAACGUCCAGUGCUUCAAGGAUUCGCCACGAAUCCGCUCGAUCAUCGACUGGGAGACGGGCAUGUUUGUGCCCUACAGCUGGGCCGUCCGAGAUCUAAACCCGUACUCCACCGGCGCAGGAGACUGGGACAAAGAGCUCGAGAGGCUUCGGGGGGGUGACAUGCCCUUUGCGACCGACAUUUACUGGGACCACCACGUCGCCUUCUGGAAGCGGGAGAACCGGUGGAAGCAGCGAACCCGGGACCGCCGCCUGGCGCGGGCACGCAGGAAGGGCAUCAGAAUAUCCACCAUGAACGACAAUGGCUUUGCUGCAUACGGCAAGAUAACCCCGCGAGAUCUUAUGUUUGGGGACACUCUUGACGAGGAGGCAUGGGGUGAGGAGGAGCCGGAUGGCCUCGAUCCGUUUUUUGCUGGAGGGAAGAGGGCCUAUAUUACGCACAGGAGUCCGCCACAUGUUGAGCCGGGAACGUGGUACUAUGAGCCGGUGAUGAAGCUCAUUGAUGAUUUUAUGCAGACCGAAAUGCAUGUCGGACCACUGUGCAAAUACCUAGACCCCCUCCUUGAGUGUGCGCUCGCUCAAACUAUACCGUUUCAUAUCUUUAUCGAGAACCCAAGCCGUGUAUUACUGAUGAGACAGUUUUAA